UAAAAAAAAAAAAAACGUCUGUAUUACAGCAUUGAUGUUGAAAGAAGCAGCAUGUCAGCUACAACAAAAAACUGUUGUCCUCUUUGCACAGACGGACUCUCUGCUGGGCGGGGCUAAAUACCUAUUUACCUGAUUACAGCGCGAGACAGGUGCGGCUAUCUAAUCCAGCAUACCGGCAGCGUUUCUCUGUAAUUACGACAGAAGGGCGUCAGAAACACAGCGCGCGCUCAGGGAUUUCUCUUCACUGCUCAGCUGAGGAGCUACAAACAGAGUGGAAAUGUUCUUCUUCUCCUGUCUCCGGCAGCACAGCAGAUUGCCCAGGUUGCUGUGGUUACUGCUCUAUGGGUCAGAAAUGCUGUGGACGUGUUGGGGAAUAUCGGUGAAUUUGCCCUACAAGAGCCCGAUCUACGUGAGCUACGGCAGAAAGCUGGCUCUCCAGGCCCAGGUUACGAAAAGUCCAGCGGAAACCUUACUCUUGGUUACGUGGGAUGUCAGGAACGGCGAGGGAGAGUUCAGGCUCGAUACGAAUAAAUCCCCGGACCCUGAUAAUGUGCAUCUCCAGGUCGCCAAAGUGGAACGAUACGGAUCCUACAUCGUUACAGUUACAGACCGCCUCGGGGACCAGACGUCCGCGUCUGUGGAGGUGCGAAAGAGCACGAACCCUCCAAAGGCCUCCGUUUCCAUGCAGUGCAGCAUAAUACCUGAGGGGCCUAUGUGGGACAGCCCAGUGUUUUCGUGGUGGGUGAAUGGCAACAAAGUGACGAACCAAACGUCUCAUCUUUCAUCAGACGGCAGCAGGAUCCACCUGGUAAAUACCCUGGACAAUAAUUACACCUGCGUCGUCGACAGCAGCCAGGGAAGCAGCACAGUGCAGAUAAACACAGCAGUCACAGAACCCUGCUCAAGCCGCAGUGGAUUGAUCGCAGUUGCAGUGAUUGAGGGAAUAUUGUUGGCGAUAGUGUUAGUGAUAGUUCUUUUUAGGACUCGCAUGAAAAAGUGAUUUCAGAGGAGACAAGACCUUCAGCAUAGCUGAAGUGAAGAUCUAUCUAUAUAGCUCCUUGUUUAGGCAGUUCUUUAUAUUUUUUGUAAAUUGUUAUUUAUUCAAUUUCCUGCACUAAAUAUUUUUGUACUGUUUGUUAAAGUGAAAAUAUUGUAGGCUUCCAUUAUAUAUAUACAGCUCUGGGGAAAAAAAGAGAGCUGUAUAUGUGCCCAUGUUUGUUCAGUUGUUCAUUGGUAUUCAAACCCAUUAUUUCAUAGGCUGUUUGCAGACAACAACAUCCAAACCAGAGUCUGAAUCAAAGUUCAUGUUCUGUUUUAGACUGGAAAGUUUUAGUGGAGUUAGUUUUGAUUUUACACUACAGUGUCGUCAUCACCCAUUUAGGCGAAGUCUCCCAGUACUUGACCUAAGGGCUACAACAACUUAACGAUUUAAAUUACAUUUAAAUAAGUUACCCUCAUUUCCACCUUAAAUUCCACCUUAAAGGUCGAGCUGCCUUAGUUUAUUCAAGCUCAAGUUCUAUUUUUUAUUUCUCUCACUCAGUGUUAAAAGAGCUGCUAGAGUAGUUAAAUAAGAUGCAUCUCAUUUUACUCAAUUCGCAAUUGGCACAUUUUCCGUUCCACCUUAAAUGUAGCAACAUUUAUAUCCAUUUAUUUAUUUUUAUUUAAUUUCGUCUUAUGUGCAUUUAAGAUCAGUAACUAUUAAGAUAAAAAAGAUGUAUGUUCUUUCCUUUUUUCAUUUUUGUCUGAUUUAACAAUCGAUUUAAAAAAAAAAAACAGAUGAACGAUUGUCAAAAUAAUCGUUAGUUCAAGCCCUACUUGACACUGAUUGGUUUGUAAUGUAAUGCAAUGUUUUGUUGUCAGCCCAACCAAGUUGCCUUUCCAGGUGUUGUACCGAAUUCUGCCUCCCUGCCAGAAUCUGACUCCCUUUCAAUGCAGGUGCAUCGCACCUUUAUUACUAUUUAUAAUAAUGGAUUAAUGUACAGUUACAGUAGAUACAGAAUCACCAGCACUGUAAUCUGUUGUACCCGUACUGCUCUUUAAUUAAUCUACCAGAAUCACAAGCAUAUAAUCUGUUGUGCGCAUUCUGCUGCAUGAUGCACCUGCACACCAAGGAUAGUCAAAUUUCAACACAACACCAGUUCUUUUUUGUCUUCUAUUGUUUCUAGAGUGAAGUUAGUGAAGUGUAAGCAUGCAUUUCACCAUAACACAUCAUAACAGGUUAUAACAUCCAUAUAAUUUUCUGUACGUGUGUAAAUGUAGCAUAGUUUUGGGCACAAUCUCUGAGAAAACUCAGCAUUUAUUCUCAAUUUUAGGAGAUAAAGAUGCUAAUUGGUGGUAAAACCAAUGCUAUUGGUUAAAAUUGCUUUGCCCAGCCUGCAUUAAUCCCUUUAAUUGAACAGUCAUAAAGAAAGUAACUGAUUACUCACAAAAGGGAGAAAAGGGUUAUAUAUAAAAAAUGGUUAAAAUAUGGUUAUUUUAUUAGAAGGGAUCAAAUAAUCAAAAGACAGCAAAAUGCAUGUCGUUACAUUUAUCUGAAAAACAAGAAUUUAGACUGCCUUUAGUUUAAAUGUGUGUACAGUUAUGAUGUGAUAUGAUGAAGCAUGCUGAAUAGGACCAAGUAUACAAGUUAACAAGCUUAGAAGGCUCAGUUAAGAGUUCAGGUUCACUUUGAGCUUUAAACUAUUGAAGUCUUCUUAAAGGAGAACUCUGGUGUCAAAUGGAGUUUGUUGUAGUAAAACAUGAUAAAAAAGUACUUAUCUUUGAUGAAUAGCUCACCUCCGUUCUACCACUUUCCGAAAUCCAGAAAUUUUAACAGUUUGUCCAAAAAUACCCUUCAGACUGGGUGAUAUGGGGCAUAAUUUGCCCCGAUAAAUCCACCGCUUUUUCCACCGUUAUCCAGCUCAAAGUAGCUCCACACCUCUUUGCUAGAAUCCGGAGAGCCCUGACAUUUAAAACGAGGAAUUAAUAACUUAAAAAGUGCACAAGAAGCUUAUUAAAAACCUCUUUUUACAUCCUAUAUUGCGAGCUUCAGCUCCGAGUGCCGCCAUUACUGUACUGAUAAUGACCGACGUAUACAUACAUAGACUCCACAUGGCAUAGCAGUUAGUUAAUGUCUUGUUUUAAAUGUCAGGGCUCUCUGGAUUCUAGUAAGGAGGUGUGGAGCUACUUUAAGCUGGAUAACGGUGGAAAAAGCGAUUUAUCAGGGUAAAUUAUGCCUUGUAUCACCCAGUCUGAAGGGUGUUUGGAGAAACUGAUAAAAAGUGUCUCAGAAAGCUGUGGGAGAACGUAGGUGUGUUAAGUACUUUUUAUCAUGUUUUACUACAACAAAAGUCCAUUUCACAUCAGAGUUCUCCUUUAAUGUCUCUGACGUUCCUUAUUUAAAACUAUUUGAAAUAUUGAAUGUGGUCAUUACACUGAAAUCACUUUGUUUAUUGUAAACACUGUGUUGCACAUUUAUUUAUACAUAGUAAAAUUAUAUAUUUAUCCUAAACUGAUGUUGAAUGUAAAUCUAUGUUUAUUCAGUUUUAUUACUAGCUGUCUUUUUUAUGCUUGUUAUGAAGAAUUCGGCCAUAAAACAUUGAAACUACACAUUAAACUAUGGUAAUAUAGAGUUAAUAGAGUAGAUUCUCAUACUCCUCGGUUUGAAGUGUGCAUCUGAAAAUUUUCCAUAUGAACAGCUAAUAAGCCCUACCCCUCCAGCCUAAAAAGAAUUGGGACACCCCUAAUGAAUUGGUGAAUUGGGAUUGUGUCCAAGUGUCUCAGACUGCCGUCAUUGAGUUUACAGUGCAGCCUAAAGGAUCAGCAGCAAAGAAGAUUCUCCCACUGAAUUUCCAGGUUGUUUAGUAAGUGGAAUUAAUAUCCUAACAGUAAAAAUACAGGUUAUGUAUGUCAUUAUUACUAAACUAUUUACAUUGCUGUCAAAUUACAGCAUAAUACAGUCCAGGAGCUCAGCUCUCUGUACUCCGUUUAUAACAUUUAAUGAUGUUUUAAACACUAUUUGGACCAGAUGAUAAAGGUAAUGUGCUACACCAACAUCAGAUAGAUUAGAUCACAAUUAGAUAGCCAUUUUAUGCAAACUAUAUCAGACUUAGUGUGAUUAACUAUUUAAUUGUUGAUUGACAGCUCGACUACAACUCUGUUUCAGCCAAAGCUGCCUGUCAAUUACCUUCAUUCCUGAGUGUAGCCAAGCCUCCUUACAAUACUAGAGCAUCUCAAAAAAUUAGAAUAUCAUUGAAAAGGUUACUUUAUAUCAGUAAUUCAGUUCCAGUUGGGGAAACUCAUAUAGUAUAUAGAUGUGUUACACACAGAGUGAUCUAUUUUAAACAUUUAUUUUUUUCAUUGUUGAUGAUUAUUAGAAAAAUAUAAUAUUAUAUAAGACAAUUGGUACUUUUGGCAGUGUGGGCAGUGUGCCAAGGCCUGCUGGAAAAUGAAAACAGCGUCUCCAUAAACUUUGUCAGCAGAGGGAAGCAUGAAGUGCUCGAGGUCUAGUGUGAAGUUUCCACCAAUCAGUGAUGAUUUGGAGAGACAUGUCUGUCAUCUGCUGGUGUUGAUCCACUGUGUUUUAUUAUCAAGUCUAAAGUCAGUGCAGUUUUGUUUUCCCACAAAAUCUUACAGCACUUCAUGCUGAACCUCUGCUACUGACAACUUUUAUAGAGAUGCGGAUUUCAUUUUCCAGCAGGAUUUGGCACACUGCCCACACUGCUAAAAGUAGCAGUUGGACUUACAUAAUAUUCAAAUUUUCGGAGACACUGAUUUUUGAGUUUUUAUAACGCUUAAAAUAGAUCCCUCUGUGUUUUCACUUUUUGAACUGAUGAAUUAUUGAAAUAAAUAAUAUUGUAAUUUUUAAGAUGCUCUAGUAUAACUGAAUAAAGUUUAUUAAAGUUUAUUUCUAGGGGAAAUAAAAAUGUUUAAUUACACAGAUAAAGCUAACUGUUGGAUCUGUUGGGAGACUGGAGAUGGAAAGAUAGUUUAGAGGAGAAAAAUAUGAUUGCAAAAUAUGAUGCAAAAUAUGAUGACUGCAACCAGAGCCGCGUACAGAGAGAGUCACGACAAGGGAAGUCCAAAAUGCAUGAUGCUGAAAUAAUCCAUGGGAAGCUUCAAUAGUUCCAGUUUAAACACUGAAAUUGUCUCAUUAGUGGUUAAAGAAUGCACUAAUUAACACUUUUUACACAGCAUACAUUCCUGUAUAUGUAAUUCCAUCAAUUGUCUUUCUUUUAAAGUAAAAUGCUUUAUAUUAAUGUUUGUUUAUAAUAUGUUUUGAUACUUGUAUGAUGGUCAAAAGCAUUCAUGUCCUAAUGUUAACUGAUAUAUUUAGACUUUUUUUUUUAACAAAAACACUUUUUUUAUGAUAAGCCUGUGUAAUUUUAACUUUUUUGUUGUGAAUUUAGAGAGACAUACACUGGCAUGAUACAGUCAUGAAAAACCUGGAAAGGUUCUCUAUAUAUGUAUUUAUGUACUCAUUUAAAAUAUAUAAAAAGUACAUUAAUAUUAUGUUUUCAUCAAAUGUUUGAAAGUUAACUUGGAUCAUACUUUUUAAAAAGUACAAUGUCGUGUAUUUUAAAAAAAUAGACUACUAUUAAAUACUUUUUUUAGUUUAAUGAUAUUCAAAAUACUUCUAAAAUACUUAAAAACAGCUGUUACAGUAGUUCACUUAAAGUCCAGUGCAUAAUGUAACUUUUUAUAAAGUCAAUUAAAUUACUACAUUUAUAUAAUUUAAAGUAAAUUUGUAAUACACUAAAAAUUGUUACAGUAUAUUAAAAUAUAUUUUAUACCCAAUGAAGUAUCCUAGAAGUGUGUUACUUACAAAAGACAUGAACAAGAAGCAUAUUUUACUCUAAUGUAAAUAUAGAUCAAAUAUAUUUAACAUUCAUUCUUAGUACAUUUCUAAUAUACCUUGUGUAUAAUAAAUAGUGAUAAAGUUGUAAUACUCAUUAAAUGUAUUAUAAUUUUCCUGUAAGCAUAUUUAAAAUAUAGGGUUACAUACAGGAAGUAGUUUAAAUGUUUAAAGGUUACAUAAGUAUAUUUAAAAUAGUUCCAUUUUAGUACAGUUAAAUACACUUGGCACAAUUUAAGUAAGACUUUUGUACUAUUUUUAUACAAUUAAUUUAUCACUUUUUAAAUAUACUGAUUAAUAAUAAAGUGGCUACAAGAACACUUUAGUGCACUAUAGCAUAAUAAUGCUUAGUAUAUUUUAAUGUACUUUUUUUCACUAGGGCAGGCCUGCAUAAGUUUUGGAAAAACAAAUAGGCAUGAAAAAGUCAUAGAAUUUUUUUGGUUAAAAAGUAUAUGAACCCUGUAUAAAUAUAUGCUGUUUUUUCACCCUUUUGAACACAGUCCAUGUAAAUAAAACAAUAAACGUAAAAAUAAAAUGAA